AUUUUUUUUACAAGAACGUGAGUGCGAGUUCCCACAGCCAAACAACAAUAAAAGGAUUGUUGAGAUUGCUCCGCGCAACUCCCCGGAAAGAGAGCGCCAUAACCCAGGGACGCCUGUGCCUGUGCCGUGACUGAUACCACUCAUUCCCGCAGACGCCGACGCCAACCCCCCCAACGGCAGCAAAAUGUCGGACUACAGCGACUUGGACCGCCAAAUUGAGCAACUGAAACGCUGUGAAAUCAUCAAAGAGAAUGAGGUGAAGGGCUUGUGCGCCAAGGCUCGCGAAAUUCUCGUUGAGGAGGGUAACGUACAGCGUGUGGACUCCCCAGUGACGGUGUGCGGUGACAUACACGGCCAGUUCUACGAUUUAAAGGAACUGUUCAAGGUGGGCGGCGAUGUGCCCGAGAAGAACUACCUAUUCAUGGGUGACUUUGUGGACCGUGGGUACUACAGCGUUGAAACAUUCCUGCUCCUGCUGGCCCUUAAAGUGCGCUAUCCGGAUCGCAUCACAUUGAUACGCGGCAAUCACGAAUCUCGCCAGAUCACCCAGGUGUAUGGCUUCUACGAUGAGUGUCUUCGCAAAUAUGGCUCCACAGCCGUGUGGCGCUACUGCACGGAGAUCUUUGACUACCUCAGCCUGUCGGCCAUCAUUGACGGCAAGAUAUUCUGCGUCCACGGCGGACUCUCGCCCUCCAUUCAGUAUUUGGAUCAGAUCCGUAGCAUCGAUCGCAAGCAGGAGGUACCCCACGACGGACCCAUGUGCGAUCUGCUAUGGAGCGAUCCCGAAGAUCAAACCGGCUGGGGUGUAUCACCACGCGGUGCCGGCUACCUCUUCGGCUCGGAUGUUGUCUCGCAGUUUAACAGGACCAACGAGAUCGAUAUGAUAUGUAGGGCCCAUCAGCUGGUUAUGGAGGGGUUCAAAUGGCAUUUCAAUGAAACCGUUUUGACCGUGUGGUCGGCGCCAAACUAUUGCUACCGUUGCGGCAAUGUGGCUGCCAUUUUGGAACUGAACGAGUACCUGCAUCGUGACUUUGUCAUAUUCGAGGCGGCACCACAGGAGAGCCGGGGCAUACCAUCAAAGAAGCCCCAGGCUGACUAUUUUCUCUAAGACUACAACCACAGCCACCGCCACAGCUACAGCACAGCCACUAGCACUACCA